AUGGACAGUCUUACAGAGCAGAGGUUGACUUCUCCAAAUCUGCCAGCCCCACACCUCGAACACUACAGUGUUCUGCAUUGCACCAUGACCUUGGAUGUUCAAACGGUGGUCGUUUUUGCAGUGAUUGUGGUGCUAUUGCUUGUGAAUGUCAUACUCAUGUUCUUCCUGGGCACUCGUUAAAUGGAUUUUUUCUCCUGAGCUGUUGGGGGCUACUACUACCACUAGCAAUUCAACAAGAGAGCACGAGCGGGAGAGAGAGAGAGAGAAAGGCGAGAGAGAGAGA